CUCACGAAGGAAGAAAUGAGCUGCUUGAAACUGGAGCUAAAGAUGUGAAGCGACAUCAGAAAAAUGACGCUCUUAAUAUUUCUGAUUCUAGUGGGAAUUGAAGGAUCCACCGCUGUGACCCACUCUCUGAAGUAUAUCUACUCAGCAUCUUCAGGAAUAGAAAACUUCCCAUUAUACAUUUCUGUUGGUUUUGUGGAUGAAGUUCAGAUAAAUUACUGUGACAACACCAACAGAAACAUCCCUAAACAAGACUGGAUGAAUAAAGUGACUUCAGAACAUCCAACUUACUGGAAGGAGGAAACUAAGACAUGUCUGGAUAAACAACAAGUCCUCACAGCAAACCUAGAAAUUGCCAAACUACGUUUCAACCAGACUGGAGGAGUUCACGUCUUUCAGCAGAUGUACGGCUGUGAGUGGGAUGAUGAGACUGGAGAGGUCAAAGGUUAUGAUCAGUUUGGUUAUGAUGGAGAAGAUUUAAUCACACUGGACCUAAUGACACAACAAUGGAUCGCUUUAAAACCACAAGCUGUGAUCACGGCGAACAAAUGGAAUAAUAAUAGAGCUAUUAAAGAACAUGAGAAGAACUAUUUAACUCAUAUAUGUGUUGAGAGGCUGAAGAAAUAUGUGAACUAUGGUAGAAACUCACUGAUGAGAUCAGUUCGUCCAUCAGUGUCUCUCCUCCAGAAGUCGUUCUCCUCUAAGAUCAGCUGCUUCGCUACGGGUUUCUAUCCUAACAGAGCUGAAAUGUUCUGGAGGAAAGAUGGAGAGGAGAUUCAUGAUGGUGUAGUCAAAGGAGAGAUCCUCCCCAACAAUGAUGGGACCUUCCAGAUGAAUGUUGACAUCGAUCUGUCAUCUCUUUCAUCUGAAGACUGGAACAAGUAUGAAUGUGUGUUUCAGCUUUCUGGAGUCGAUGAAGACAUGAUCAAUAGACUGGAGAAAACAAGAAUCAGGACCAAUGAAUCAAAUAUCAUCAAUGUGAUCAUCUUUGUUGUUGUUGCUGUGGCCGUCCUCGGUCUCAUUGCUGUGACUGGAUUCAUUGUUUACAGGAAGAAAGUCAAGCGUCCGCCUUCUCGUAAGUAA